CAUCCAAGCAGCCAACCGCAUUCCCCUUUUCUCCAGCUGCUUCUAUUUGCCUUUUUCUUUCCCUUCUAUCUUUCAUUUAUUACCAUACAUAUUAUUGUUUUUUUCCCUUUCUUUAUUUAUCCUUUCUAGAUGUCGAACGUCAAACCAACUGUGGAAAUGGUGGUAGGGCAACCUGAAGAAUCGUCUGGUAAUCGAGGCCCGUUUCGAAGGAACAGUCGGUCGGCUCAAUUAGAAUCACCCAUCAUGGCGGCUGGCGAUCUAGAAGAGCAAAGUGUUGUUUCGUCGUCGUCACCAGAACCCAACGCACGUGUCACUCGUUCACAGUCUAUUGAAUCCAGCGUAGAGCCUAUAGAGACGAAAAAACGACAUCGGAAGACGAGAGGGCCUGGCAACAAUAAAAGAAAAGCAGAAACCAAUGGCAAAUCCACUUCUGGACGUGAUGAUACAGAUAGGGAAACCCGAAAUAAAACCCAGAGAAUUUCCAAAGAAGCAAGAGAGGCUAGAAAGGCCGAACGUGAAAUCAUCAUCAAAGAAAGAUUGGCUGAACUGGAUAAAUUGGAAAAAGCCGUCAAAAAUGAAUCGCAUGCCGAGUAUCAUAAGUUGCUUCGUGAUAUCGAAGCCAAACGCACGAAGAAAGUCAAUGCAACAGAAAGUCGUCAUUCAUUAGCAGAAAUGAAUAUCCGAAGCGCUUUUAUUGCUCAGAAGAAAGUCGCUUUUGAUCAGUUCUAUGUAAGUUCCAGUCGCUGCUUCAACCUCCAAACCGCUGUGGCUGACUGGCUGGCCUCUUUUUUUCCCUGGUUUUCUCUAUUCAAACUGAUCGUGCCGUUUGUUUAUAGUUGGACAAGUUAACACUCCGACGAUCUAUGAUGCAGCAGGUGCAAAAGAAGAUCAACAUGCUUGAACAGGAAUAUUAUUCACAACACGUCCAGAGUAAGACCGUUUCGCUGC